GAAAGAAUUCAAGGACUUGGAGAGAUUACUAGUUUCAAGAUUGAAUGAGAAGUUAUCAAAAAGAAUCUCCUGUAUAAAAAUUUGUUAUUGUGUUAGUAACCCAGAGGCACCUAGUAUUUUUCAAUUCAUUUUAGGAUUAUUUCUUGGAGGGACACUUAACUUCUGAAGCUCUUGAAUCCUUUCUAAAAGGUCUCAAUCACGAAAGUUCUCCACUCAAGUUUCAGAUUUCUCCCUUUCCCUCCAUCUAUACCCCAGAACCAGGGUCCCUCUUGGGCAUGGGUUAGGUUCCGGUGAGAAGGAAGACGGUUCACAUUGAUAAAGCAAUACCCCUGGGAAAAGACGAUUAACAUGUAUAAAGGGAUUUCCCUGCAGUAUAAGUACCAAGCACGCGCCCUCCUGGUGCUCAGGGCCUUCCUGAUGUAUAUAUGCAGGGAGUGAGAUUUGAAACGGCCCUUGGAAACAGUAAUAGAAUAAAAGUCUGACUUGGGGAGCAGCAGUUCUCAGCUUUCUACUGUCUUGUGGGAAUGAGUUGCCAACCUUUUACUUCGGCUGAUACCUUCAUACCUCUGAAUUCGGAGGCUUCUGCAACGCUGCCUCUGAUCAUGCAUCACAGCGCUACCGAGUGCCUCCCGGUCUCCAACCAUGCCACCAACGUGAUGUCCACAGCAACGGGACUUCAUUAUUCUGUUCCUUCCUGUCAUUAUGGAAACCAGCCAUCGACCUAUGGAGUGAUGGCAGGUAGCUUAACACCUUGUCUUUAUAAGUUUCCUGACCAUACCUUGAGUCAUGGCUUUCCUCCCAUGCACCAGCCUCUCCUGGCAGAGGACCCCACAGUCACUGAUUUCAAGCAGGAACUCAGGAGGAAAAGUAAAUUGGUUGAAGAGCCAAUAGACAUGGAUUCUCCAGAAAUCCGAGAACUUGAGAAGUUUGCCAGUGAAUUUAAAGUGAGAAGAAUUAAGUUAGGCUACACCCAAACCAACGUCGGGGAAGCCCUGGCAGCUGUGCACGGCUCUGAAUUCAGUCAAACAACUAUCUGCCGAUUCGAAAACCUGCAGCUCAGCUUUAAAAAUGCAUGCAAGCUAAAAGCAAUAUUAUCUAAAUGGCUUGAGGAAGCUGAGCAAGUAGGAGCUUUGUACAAUGAAAAAGUGGGAGCAAAUGAAAGAAAAAGGAAGCGAAGAACAACAAUAAGUAUUGCUGCUAAAGAUGCUCUGGAGAGGCACUUCGGAGAACAGAAUAAACCUUCCUCUCAAGAGAUCAUGCGAAUGGCUGAAGAACUGAAUCUUGAGAAAGAAGUAGUAAGAGUUUGGUUUUGCAAUCGAAGGCAGAGAGAAAAACGGGUGAAAACAAGUCUUAAUCAGAGUUUAUUUACGAUUUCUAAGGAACAUCUUGAAUGCAGAUAAAAUUUAUUAUUGUGUGACAGCCAAUUUUUUGUUUUUCAUUCCUCUCUCUUCUCCAACGAAAAUAGAAUUAGUUAUUUGGUUGGCUUCAAAAA